AUAGAAAAGUACGACACGUGCUGGUUUGCACUUCUUUUGUUCUUUGUCCCUCCAGAGCUCCCACAGUCACGUGUCUGUAAGCAGGAGGAGGUUCUCUCUGACCAGCAGCUGUGUCUCCAGGAGAGGAACCCCAGUGUGGACCAAGAGGACCCAGAUCCUCCACAGAUUAAAGAGGAACAGGAGGAACUCUGCAGCAGUCAGGAGGGAGAGCAGCUUGAACCGAAGCAGGAGGCCGACACCUUUACGUUGACUCCAACUUGUGAGGAAACUGAUCACAGUGAUGAUCAACUUCUGGAUUGGUCUACUCACCAAACUCCAAGUGUGUUGCAGAAUACAUUUAGAGGCUACAUUUCAGUUAAAAGAGCAGCUGUAGUUGAACCCAACAAUGACCACCAGCGAGUAAAACUUAGUUUAACAUCAAACAAGGAGUCAGCUCCUUCAGGUCAGAAGCCAUUUGUGUGCAAAGAAUGUGGGAAAUAUUUGCAACAUAAAAAAAGCUUGUUGGCCCACAUGAGGAAAUUCCACAGCGUGGAUCAACCAUAUGUAUGUAACACCUGUGGGAAAAGAUUCAUUCAUGAAUCAGCAUUCCAGGUUCAUAAAGGAGUCCACAGUGAUAAGAAGCCAUUCUCUUGCAAAAUAUGUGGAAAAGUAUUCAAAUUUAAUAGUUGCCUAAGAAUCCACAUGCAAAUCCACACUGGGGAAAAGCCGCAUUCUUGCAUCGCCUGUGGGAAAACAUUCACUCAGAAAUCACAUUUGAAGUAUCAUUUCAGACUCCAUACUGGGGAGAAGCCACAUUCCUGCAUCACAUGUGGGAAAACAUUCACUACUAAAUCACAUUUGAACUAUCAUAUAAGAAGUCAUACUGGGGAGAAGCCAUAUUCCUGCAUCACCUGUGGAAAAGCAUUCCCUUCGACAUCGCAAUUGAAGUCUCAUACAAUAGUCCAUACUGGGGAGAAGCCAUUUUCCUGUAAAAUAUGUGAAAGUGGUUUCAGAAGUUCUUUUAGCUUAAAACUCCACAUGAGAAGACGCCACAAAUGUUAAACAUCAUGCAACUCUUGUGAGGACAUGUUCUGAGCAAUUGUUAAGCUAAAAAGGCAUUGAAGGAUUCUUUUAGAACGGAACAUGAAAGUUGGAUUUGAGAACAAAAUUAUUUUCAGUAUUCUCUUCCUCCAACAGGCUUACCAUCCUGCCGAAACCCGACUGGAUGAGCGUUCACUCGCUAAAUGAAUAUUUGUUGUUAAAGAAUUUCCCAAUUAAACAAGAUUGCAAUAUCUUAUUGAGAUAGUAACGUUUUUUAGUGCUCAUUUAGGGUGUCACUGCCUUAUCCUGGUUGAGGAGUGUAAGAUCAGAGGUCUAAGCAGAUAGUUUCAACCAGGCAGACACAGGUCUGAUAAGGAUGAGAGUUAGAGACACACCAAUAACUUUUCAACACUCACGCUUUGUUUGUUAUGUUUACGUUAUUGUUAUGAGACACAUUGCAUGUGAUUGGAUCUUGUGUUGCGGGAGGAGGACCUGCUCCCCCUCGACGCCAUUUUAGUGCCAAUAGAAAUCUUUUCUUCUAUAUGCAACAACAGUGGAAUUUCCGGCCUGUGGGCCGAUAGAGCUGCUCCUGCCUUUGCAUACGCAGCGCUGUUACUUGUUAUCUGAGAAAUAAAUCUACCAGAACGAGAGAA